AUGGCUAGCAACCGUAUGCGUCGCAUCGGCAAAGAGAUUGCGGACAUCCACGCCGAUCCCCACUCUCAAAUCAAAGUCCAGCCAUUCGGCCAACAAGACGAUGUGACACACCUGCGCGGGUCAUUCCCAGGACCUCCGGGGACUCCGUACGAAGGCGGCACUUACGAUAUCGACAUCAAAAUUCCCACCGACUACCCUUUCCGCCCACCUACAAUGAAGUUCGAGACCAAAGUGUGGCAUCCAAAUAUCAGCAGUCAAACUGGUGCAAUCUGUUUAGAUACUCUUUCUAGUGCCUGGUCACCGGUCCUGACCAUCAAAUCCGCUUUGCUUUCAUUGCAAUCUUUGCUCAGCACACCCGAGCCUAAAGAUCCUCAGGAUGCUGAAGUGGCAAACAUGCUUCUCAAGACACCCAAGCAGUUUGACCGUGUAGCACGUGAAUGGGCUGUGCUAUAUGCUGGUGCUCCCGUAGGUGAUGCCGAUAAAGGAAACGGAUCUAGCAUAGGUGACAUUCAGCAAGAAGCUGCCCGGGACAAUCUAGCAAGAUAUGAUGGGUACAACAAGGAUUUGAUUGACCGCUUCAGCAGCAUGGGCUUCGACGUUGAUCGAGUUGUUGAUGCUUUCCGGUUUGUUGGCGCUGAGCGACGUGGAGGUCAGAACUAUGAAUUGGAUGAAGGCCGCGUGGGCGACAUUAUUGCCCGACUUCUUGGUGAAUGA